AAUAGUCUCUCUUUAUUCUCUUUACCAGGCCAAAACCUUCUGCGUUCAUGGUGAAGUUUUCUCUUUGGAAGAAGUUUAGAUCACAGACCACAACUGACAUUGUUCCUGUUGCAGAAAUUCACAUCCACCCCAGGUAUAACGCCAGCACCUAUGAGAACGACAUCGCUCUGGUGGAGCUGGAGAAGCUUCCGUUCGAGGAAAAGUGUUUUGAGGAGAACCCAGCCAUUAGCGCCAUCUGUGUUCCCUGGUCCACCCACCUUUUUAAACCAAACCACACCUGCAGCAUCUCUGGAUGGGGACGAACUGCAGAUGGCAGAUCAGCUCAGGUGUUGCUCUGGGCCAACGUAUCCCUCAUCGAAGGCUGUCAGACGUUCUAUGAAGAUCGCUUCAAACCAGGCAUGAUGUGUGCAGGUGAUCUGGAUGGUCUCGUGGACUCCUGUCAGGGGGACAGUGGUGGUCCUCUGGUUUGUGAGGAUGAAGUUGGUAUUUCAUACCUGUGGGGAAUUGUCAGCUGGGGAAAGAAGUGUGGUGAGCCAGGAUUCCCUGGAGUUUAUACACAGGUGGCUCAUUAUUUUGAGUGGAUCAGACUUCAUACAGGGUGGCCUGCAGUCACCAAGUUCAACUCCUGAUGAGGCAGAGUCUGUUUACUGAAUGUAUCUGUAUCAGAAUACCACUUUGUGUCCAAUAAAAUUCAAUAAGAUAUA